GUCGUCGUGAGUGCUUGUUUUUUCAAUGUUAUCGUGGUUUUAUCCGUCUCUUAAUUCGUGUGUUCUCUAGAAUAAACUUAUCAACUGUAGAAAAUAUUUUUAUAAACUGCUAAAACGCUUUAAUCCGGAGUCACAUGCGUGGCCACAAAUGGUGUAGUGCUGUAUCUUAAUAGUGUAGUGUGGCUGGUCGCGCUACGUCGUGCCUGAGUUGGCGUCGUCCCUCCGAUUCUCGUGAGGGCCAAGGAUCAAAGCAAACGAGAUGUAACAUCGCUGUGUAAUUAACAACAAAGUACCUACUUGGAACUGGGUGUGAACCCAGAUACGGUGUGUGAAGUUUUAUGUAAUAAAGAAGAAACUAAAUAGAUUGUGUAUAUUUGCCGUGUGUGUGCGUGUAACGAUAAAAUUGGAUUAGAGUGAAGUUUUUAUUUUAAAAAGUGAAGUGUACCUACUCUGCAAAUUACUCUGCAACUGUUAUGCGCUAUAAACAAGUGAUUUGUGUCAUUUAUUGGAUUUUUAUUUACUUGGAUCACUAGGAGCAAAUGGCAAUUGUCAGGGAGGGACUAAAGCCGUAGUCAUGAACCCAACUACGGACUGCCAUUCACAUCAAGCAGGAUAGCUGUAUCAAAAGUAUUCAGUAGAUACUGGGGCUCGUAGUAUGGAUGUCAGCUUCGACAAUGUAAUGGAAGGGAUGCGCCAGUACUUCAUGGGAGUACCGAAACAGGCGCAGGCGGAAGGUUCCGGUCAGAGCGUCUGGCCGGCUGGCACCCCAAUGCUAGAAGAGGGGGCACCGGCUCAGUCUGGCGCUCCUGCACAUUCAUCACGACCGCCUUCCGCUGCUGCUGCUCCACCGUCCACUCCGUCGCAGAUGGCUAUUGCAAUCCCACCCAGACCGCCAUCGGAACCAUUGCCGCAUAUUAUCCAUAAAGCCACAGUAAUGCGAGAGGCGGCCGAAAAACGACGUGAAAUGCCAGAAGUCGAAGACGAAGAGGAACCAAUAGCCACACUUUCGCCACCUUCACAUUUCAUUCGAAAACCACAGUGCACACUACCGUCACCCGCACCCGCUCCUGCUGUGCAUUGCCAAUCUCCGUCUCGACCUCCAUCAGCAGCUUUACCGCCCCCUCCAGUACCAGAGACUCUUGAGGCUCCUACACAGUAUAGACCACCAGCGCACCGAGUACCCACGCCAACGGCUAGGCCACCUGAUCAAUUUGCACCUGGUCGCCCGCCAGAUCCUUAUACCACAUCUCGACCUCCAGAACCAUAUGUUCGAUAUCCUUAUGAGUCGAAUUUACCUGACACAGGGAGAAGUUCACAUGGUCCACCGGUUGCUUCACCGCAACCAUCGAUGCCGCCUGCACGGCAUAGUCCACAAACAUAUGCGAGGUUGUCAAAUUCCAUGCCCCAUCAUAACGCUACAAGACUGCGUGAAACUGCCACGCAUAGUCCUCCUGCUCAGCGUUAUACUAUGCCUUCAGCACAACCACCACCUUUACAUAAUGAUCGGGUUCCACCAAUACACCAUCCACAAACGGCGCCAUCCCAGAGGCUGGAUGUUCGCACAACCCCUAUAUAUUCUCCUCAUCUCCAGCAUCGUCGUGAACCCUCACCUUAUAGUAGGACAUCGUCACAUUAUGACAGACAUCCAUCAGUACCUGCUCAAAAAUAUGAUCCUCAACAAGCCUAUCCUGGAUAUCGGCCGAUUUCAACUACUCUUCAGCCGCUUCAAAAUCAUCGUGUAGAACCACAUCAUGCGGCUCAGUAUAAACAGGCUGCUGUUGAUACAAUAAAUCAGCAUUAUGGUUCGAGAGCAUCUGAUCGUGUUCCGGUACCAGCACAAUCCCAUACACAUGAUACAGCACGUUUACCAUCACGGGUUGAUUAUCCAACUUCAAGCAGAAAUAUUGAGAAUACGCAUUCAAGGGGAGCCUUUUCUUAUCCUAUUCCAUCAACUUCAACAUCAAGAUAUGCAUCUAGUGCAUCGGUGCCCACCGCGCAAAACUCCUCGGUGCAACCAAGAUCUUCAUACCGUCCAGCGGCAGCCCCAAAAACUAACUAUGAAUAUCCAACAUCUAGUCCCAUUCAAACAUCACCUGCUCGAUCGACGGCAAAGCCUGGAUACCCUAAUCAGCAGGCGCGUAUGACAGUAUCUGUAACUUCAUUAGUGAAUCAAAUGAAUCAGACUAAGCAUAAGCGCGACUCCCCUCAUACAACAAAUGUACAAGUUAAUCAAAUGAAUCCAGUUAAACAAAAACGGGAGUCUCCUCUAGAUUUAUCUGUAAAAACUGUUAAAAACUCUGCUGAUUCAUCAACAACUCAAGACGAUAUAAUCGAUUCACCAUCAAUAGAGAAUAAAACAUUAUCAUUGCAACCACGACCAGCAUUGAAUAAUCGACAAAAUAUUCCUAGUGGAAGUUACGUUGCCAGUCAUAAAGUAGACUUUGCUCCUAAUUUCACGCAAUAUAGAGAGCGAUCUACUCAUAGUUUCAGUGCACACACAGUGCAGUCUACACACCAAGCAGUAUAUAAUGGUGCCUAUGACACAAGACGUCCGGCCCCUGAAUCUUAUUCUGUAGAAUCUCCACAUCCAAUUUAUUCAGAACGUAGUAAAUAUAACGGUCCACUGAAUAGAACUGAUCAUGUUCCUAGAAUAGAUCUUACAAGACCAAGUAAUGAUCAACGUCAUCUUGAGAAUAGAAUAAGGGAUGACCGACAUUUUAUAAUAGAAGAGAGAAAACGUCCUGCAGGUCCUAUAGUGAACAACAUUCCGGAAAAGAUAGUACGUUAUGAAACUUGGACUUCAAACGGUCGAAUAGAACGUAUGAGUCAGUCAGAUCGAGAACAGCAUGAAUUAAUGAGUCGACCCGUGUACAGUUAUAGCAGUCAUAAACAAUUUGAGGCUUAUCAAAAUGAACACAAGAGGCCUAUUGUAAACCCUUAUCGUGAACAGCAUUCUCACGUUAAUCAUAGAUAUCCCAACAAUUCUUAUCCUACAGAUCUCCCAAGUCGAGAGACAACCGAUUAUCACCCUCAUUAUCAUGACAGAAAUCUAUCUAGCAAUAGUCGUCAUCAUGUUAUACAAAAAAUUCCGAGUCAUAGAGACCUGUAUCCAAAUCAUUUGGAUUUACAAAAUGGCGUGCCUGCUGAUAAAAGGGUAUUGAGUAUAUUGAGAAACAGUUUAGAAACAAAGCAAUCAGGAGGCAUAGAGCCAACUAGGCAAUCGAGAAAUACACCUGAUCUCAUUGUUAUUGACGAUGGAGAUGACACUGUGAUAGAAAUAACUGAUCUUACGAAAGAUAAUGAUAAUGAACCAAUUAAUAAAGAUUUACCAAAACAAAUUCAAAGUCAUAUUUCUAACCUAGGUAGCCACAUUCAAAUGCCAAAAGCUGUAGAUUCUAUACAACAAGAUUCUGAUUAUAGUAAAUUGGAUAAUGCUGAGGUAAAGAGUAAAUCGCCAGAGUAUGAUGUCGCGUCACGAAUAAGAACUAAAGCCGAAUUGAAAGUAAUGCCACCAUCUCAGGAAAGCAAUGUAAAACCUGAAAGAAUACUUGAUGUACCUACUAAGCAUGAAAAAGUAAAGUUGCUCCCAAAAUCUCAGAAACAACACCUAUUCAAUCAAAUUAGAGAAGAUAACCUUCGACUAGAAUCUGUAAUAAAGAGUGAAAAUGUGACCGAUAUUGUUCUACCCGAAGUUAAAACGGAACCAAUGAAUAUAGAUGAAAUAGAGAAGGAUGCAGAAAUACCUAUAAAAACAGAAACUAUUUUAGAAAACCUAGAAUCCGAGGUGACUCAAAGUGGUGAACCCAUUGAAGAUUUAGAUUGGGCUAGUACAUGUGACAACUUUAUGGAACAAUUGAAAACUGGGUGCCACAAAAAGAAAUCUCAACGAAAACGGUUUGAAACUGCGGAGUUUGAACAAGAAGAUAAAACUGAGACACCUAAGAAAUCACAAUCUGCAGAAGCCACGACGUCUUCAGAAAUUCAAGGUGAAAAAGAUGUAGCAGAAUUAGUUCCUAGUGUUGUUAUUAAACAAGAGCCUGUAGAUGAAUAUGAAAUAAAUGAAACUGAACCAUCAUCUUCGAUAAUGCAAAAUUGUAAAGAGAAGGUUUCUCAGAACAAACUGGACUCAGAAAAUGAACAGAAAGAGAUAUCCAAAGAAAAGCAUGAUACUCUUAAACAAAAAGAAAAUAAGAAUGAAAAAUUCAAGAAUGACAAGAAGGCCAGUAAAGAUAACGAUAAACAAACCAAAUCUAGAAAGAUGAAAAUGAAAUCCGAAAAAAAUGACUCUACCACAUUAAUUUCAGUUACUGUUAAAAAGGAAGCAAAAGAAAAAGAUACAACUAAACCUAUUAUUAAAGAAGAACUUGAAUCUACCGAUGACGACGAACCUCUUAUUAAAAGCAAAUUAUUAAAAGACAAGGAACAAAAUGAUCGACUUAAAUAUCAGUUACUUAAAGAUUUAUCUGAGAAAUCAGCCUACGUGAAGCUAGAAUGUUGCGAUGUCGAUGUCAAUAAGAAUAAUAGAAAGUCGAUCGAUUCCUUGUCAAAAGAUAAAGAAGAAAAGCAACACAAAGGUAAAUUAAUUAAACAGACGUCACGAAUAAAAGGAAAAUCUUUGUCUAUCGACAAUAAUAAAAAUCUAAAACAAAAUAGUGAAUCUACAUCAGAUAGUGAUGACGAUGAUGAUUUAAGUGUAGCAAGUCGUCUACGCAUACGAAAAAGCAUAAAAUCUGAAGAAAGUAGAGCUGCACUUGGUGUUAAAUCUCCUAUUAAAUUAUCUCCUCUAAAGAAACAAGAUAAUGGUAAUGCAAGUAAUAAUUCCACUCCAAUACGUAAGCCCGGCUUUGGUGAUGGUUCUGAUUUUCAUCCGGGCUGGGAAGAGGAAUUGUACAGAUAUAAACGUUCUCUACGAAUGCCUACAAGGCUUAUUGCUAUACCGAGAGGACGGUCUGGUGGUCCAUUUUUGAAAGGAUCAGGGCCAUUAUUUUCUCGAGGAACUACGUCUCUUCCAGAUCUUGAUCCGGCCCCACUAUCUCCGGCUCCAUCCUCAGCACCAUCGGCGGCUACUGAUGACUUGUAUUCAAGACGUCCAGAUAAGCUCACUCUGGAUAGUGACUUAGAUUCAAAUUCCAGUUGUUCUGCACCACAGAAACUGCAUUACGAUUCCGAAGCUUCAACAUCUACCGUAUUUUCUACUUCAAAAGCGAAAAACAAAGGUAGUUCUAUUGUAGAUGUGUUAAUUCAAAAAUGUGGUAAAAAAGAUGAUUCUAAAAAGAAAUCUAAAGAUAAGGACGAAAGAACCCCAAAAGUAAUACCGAAGAAUUCAAAUACGAGUGAAUUGUUGCCGACACCUAGUUUAGGACUGGUAAAAAAUGGAAAUAAAAACAGUCUCAGUGCCAAAAAGGAAAAAUUAAUGGAAGAUAUAUAUUAUUUAGGUGCUUUUAGAAAAGAAACGGUCACAGCAUUUAGGAAUGCUUUCAUAAAAAAUACAGAUGGUUUAAUUGGUGCUACAGAGGAAUUUGCACCAGUCGUUUUAAAGUCUAGGACUAGAACUGAAAGUAGAGUACUGAAACAAAGGGCUACAAUUAAAGAAGUAUUUGGUGACGAAAGACCAGCCUCUGCACCACCAUCUUCUUGUAGAGAAAAUGAGUGCAUUGAAACGCACGAAAGUACAGAAGAACAAGUGAUAGAGAUAAAACAAGAACCAAAAGAACCAGAAGCCAAGACUAAAUUUAAAUCUAAAAAGAUAUUGAAGGACAAACUGAAGCGAAGAUCAAGCUCAAUAAGAGACGGCCUUAGAAGCACAAAAUCACUUAAAAGAAAUGACGCUAAAGGUAGACUACUUCGCCUUAAGAAAAGAAAUAGUCUAAUGAAAUCUUUACCAAAUAAACGAAUUAAAGAUAUUUCUCUUAAACAUAAAAAGCAAAGCGGACCUAACCUUGAUAAAGAUAAAUCAAAAGAAGAAAGUAGUUCUUUAUCAAUAAAUGAUGGGAAAAGACGUUUGAAACGAUUAUUUGGUAGGCGGAAAUUCAGUUCAGGGUUUGAUUACAUACGUAAGAAGAAAAAAAUAAUACGCAGAGAGGACACGGAUGCUAAUACUAACAGGAUACGCCGACCCGCAGUGAAACCAAGUCCUGAAUCUGUUCAUGAUAUUCAUAAAGAAAUAAAGAGCUGGAUUAUUAACAAGAGUAUCGGAGAAACACAUCUUCAUCGUGCUGCUAAACUCGGAUACACGGAUUGCGUGGCCUAUUGCCUGGAGAAAAUGUCAACUGACCCAUCAGCUAAGGAUAAUGCAGGCUUCACCCCACUUCACGUUGCAUCUGCUAAGGGUCACGUCAGAAUAGCACGCCUACUACUGCAAUAUGGAGCAAAUGUAUCUGCAGCAGCACAGGGCGGUAUAAGACCACUUCAUGAAGCAUCUGAGAACUGUCAUGUGGAAGUGAUAAGACUUCUUUUGUCAUAUGGCGCUGAUCCUUUACUCGUAACGUAUGCUGGUCAGACACCGGAAGAAUUAGCUGAAGGGCAAUCAGCGAGACUUAUUAAGCUGUAUGUUGCUGAUGUACAGGGCCUAGCAGUCGAGCCCUGGAGGUUUCCACACCCAGCCGACAUUAUUGAUCUUGAAGAAAUUGGCUGUGACUCGCUAUCUUCACCUCCACCUGCUUCUCCUCCGCCACCACCUGAUUCUACUAUAGAAAUACAAUGUACGGAGGCCCCACUUCCUCCAUUUUACACUCUGAGAACGGGUACUGGGCAGCCAUGUGACGGCUUGUGGUGUCUGUUGCAGGAUGUUACAAAUGUAUUACAGAUCAAAUCAAAGGACAGCCUACUGAAACAAAUACACUGUGGAUCUGGUUCUCCGAAGGAACUUCUGCGGGAGAUUCGUACUCAGGAGUUUUUGGAGAGAGCACAAUGUCAUCAACUUCUAUGCGCUGGAGAGAAAGUCAACGUGCGCGCUUCUAAAGUAUCACUUGUCAGAGUAACCGAUAAACUUAGGCAACUGCUCAAGAUAGAAACAAUUCUUGUCAGCUGACACUAAUUUUAUUUCGCCAUUAUUUAUCGAAAAUAUCCACAAACUGAAAGUAAUGGUCAGAUUACAAAUUUCAUUAUGUUUUGUUAUUAUUAUUUUAAGGAAACUAUAAAUCGAGCUUUUAUAAAUUAUGUUAAUGAUCAUGGAUUUAAACAAUUGUGAUUGUCAAUAUAACAUUGACUGUAGAUUUACAUAAUAGUGUAUGACGGAUAAUUCUAUCAUAAAAUGGACACACUGGUAUGAAUAUAAUGCUGACAGCAUUAUGACCAUGAUUCGUAUUAGUAUACGGAUGUGGCAAUUGAGGAUGGCUCAACAACGAGAUCUUCAUCUAGAUCGACUGAUUAAUGUAAUCUAAACAAGAUGUAUCUCAUAUAAGAACAAUGUAAUAAAUAUUCGUUUCAUGAGACUGUUUAUGUUAAGGCAGCCAUUACAUAAUCUUGACACUCCACCAUAGACAAGAGUGAGAGAUUUAUAUUUUCAACUUUUCGACUAUACCUCUAUCGAACAACGUAGGUAUGUAAAUAUUGUAAAUAGUUCAUUGAGCGUUUUUGCGUAUAUAUAUAUUGCUUUAAAUGUAUAAUAUUCUCAUGGGUGCUAUUUAACGUUGGUGUACGGUUUAAUGAAUUAGAUAAAUAAAUAGUUAUAUCAAAUUGCUACGGCAACAAUUUUAGUAUAAUAUUAAUAAUUAUUGGUAGAUAAAAAUAAGAGAUAUAGUUACCACAUCCUAAUUUAAGUCAUUAGCAUAAUCUUAAACUAUGUGUGCAAUAGUAUACGUGCGUGUAUCGAACAUGUGUAGAUGAAUUUAUAUGAGUAUAUGGGGGGUGAAAGUAUCAGUCACAGGGUUGGACCAAGCCUUAGCACGAUUGCUGUAGGUACUUAAAGCAUCUAGUGUGAGUAAGUGCAAUGUGCAUCGUAUGCAAUUAAAUGUAUUAAAUUUUUCCCUAAAAAUGAAGGAACCGGAAGAAUUUCCAGUGCUAUUAAUUAAUUAUUUCAUCGAUACAUCACUUGACAACUUUAUUGACGAGAAAAUGAUUUAUAAAUGGAUAUAUAUAUAUAAUAUUAAACUUAUCAUUUAUUUUGAGAUUAUGCUAGUAUUCGUCUACUUUACAUAUGCAAAUUUUUGUUCAUUGUUAUGUUUGCUAAUAUCGUUUGCAAAUUAUGUUUAUUUCUGUAAAAAUAUUAUUUUUCUUGAAAUAAAGUUACGUUUUUAUAUAUAUUUACUUGUAAGAAAUUAGGAAAAUUUAUUGAAAUACAUUAUUAAAUGCAUAUCGCAAUUUUAUAUUAACAUUGUAAAUAAUGGAAAUUAAACAAAUUAUUUUUUAACUUAUUUUGAAGCUACAUAUACUUAUGUAACUUUUUGAAUAUUGACAGUAAAGUGCUACCUACCAAUAGAGUACAGAUAUAUCAUUAAUCGAUAUUUAGUUUGAUACACGACUAUUAUAUCCAAUAUACAUUAAUGUAUCUAUUUUGGAACAUUGUAUAAAUGAAUGGUAGACAUUUUAUACUGUAUAGGAUAUGAUCAUGUUCCGCCCUAUUUAUUUAACAUUGAAAAUCAGAAACGAAGAAGUACAUGAUUAAUCUGUGAUGAUUUAUUAUUAGGAGGAUUAUCUUGCGUACGGAAAAUCGUAUGAAAUUAUUGAAAAUAAAUGGAACCGACGGAAUAUACAGCGUGUAUACUCACAGAAUGAAUAUGUUGUGUAACUCCUGUCUGUUAUAGCAGUACCUACUGUAUAAGUAUUAUUAUAAUUAUUGACACAUAUUUCUUGUUGAUAACUAUGAAAAUAAAAAAU